AUGGUCUCUUUGAUGCUUCAUUUCGGCUGGACCUGGGUGGGACUGUUCAACACUGAAGACAACUAUGGUGUGUGGUUCCUCUCAGAAUUGAGAGAAGAGAUGGGCAAGAGUAGAGUCUGUUUUGCCUUUGAGAACAUGAUCCCUUACAAUGCCUUUACAGAUUACUCAUAUGAUCUAUCGAAGUAUCGCCAGCUAAUGGACUCAUCAACCAAUGUGAUUAUCAUUUAUGGGGACAGUAAAUUUCUAUUAAGCUUUAUUGUUAAAUUUGGGCACAUUUUAAUUACAAGGAAAGUGUGGGUCAUGAACUCACCCUAUGAUGAUGUCACCAUUGGUAAAAGAUACUGUCUGAUCCACUCCUUCCAUGCAUCUCUCACCUUCUCUCAUCAUCAUAGAAACACUUCUCUGUUCACCAAUUUUAUUCUGAAAGGUACCUUAGACUUGGGGCACUGUUCAUACAAUGCCACACUCCAUUGGUUGCUGAGGCAUAUUUUUGACAUGACUAUGUCAGAAGAGAGUUACAACAUCUAUAAUGCUGUGUAUGCCUUGGCCCACGCCCUCCACCAGAUGUUUCUUCAUCACAUGGAAGAGCCACCAGGGUACAAAGGUCAACCAAAGACAUUUCUCUCUUCACAGCUGCAUCCCUUUUUGAAGAAGAUCCAGUUUACCAAUCCUGUUGGAGACCAAGUGGUUUUGAAUGAGGAAAGGAAAUUGGAGGCAGAGUAUGACAUUAAGAGCUUUUGGAAUUUUCCAGAAGGUCUGGGACAAAGGGUGAAAGUUGGCGAGUUUUCUCCAUAUAGGCCACAUGGUCAACAACUGGUUUUGUUUGAAAAUCUGAUAGAGUGGCCCAUAGGAAUUACCAAGACUCCUCAGUCUGUCUGCACUGAGAACUGUGGUCCUGGAUUCAGGAAGGCCUCUCUGGAGGGAAAUGCUACCUGUUGUUUUGACUGCAUUCUUUGCCCAGAGAAUGAGAUUUCUAAUGUGACAGACAUGGAACAGUGUGUCAGGUGUGCAGAUCAUCAAUUUGCCAACACCCAGAGAAACCACUACCUCAGGAAAACUGAGAGUUUCCUGGCUUAUGAACACCCCUUGGGCCUGGCUCUGGUCUGCACGGCUCUCUGCUGCUCUGCACUAACAGCUGCAGUUCUUGGGGUGUUUAUCAAGCACCAAGACACCCCUAUUUUCAAAGCCAAUAACCGGGCCCUCAGCUACAUUCUGCUCAUCUCCCUCACCUUCUGCUUCCUCUGCUCUUUGCUCUUCCUUGACCGUCCCAACACAGCCACCUGCAUCCUGCAGCACACCACAUUCGCAGUGGUCUUCACUGUGGCUGUCUCCACGGUCCUGGCCAAGACCAUCACUGUGGUUCUGGCCUUCACACUCACUAAUCCAGGGAGAAGAAUAAGACCGUGGCUGGUGUCCGGGGCUCCUAACCUCAUCAUCCCCAUCUGCACCCUCAUCCAAGUGACUCUCUGUGGUCUCUGGCUGGUAAUCUCUCCUCUUUUUGUGGACAUAGAUGCACACUCUGAAUAUGGCCAUAUCAUCAUCCUGUGCAACAUGGGCUCCCUCACCACUUUCUACUCUUUCCUGGGAUACCUGGGUGCCCUGGCCCUGGUCAGCUUCACUGUGGCUUUUCUGGUCAGGAACCUGCCUGACACCUUCAAUGAGGCCAAGUUCCUGACCUUCAGCAUGCUGAUGUUCUGCAGUGUGUGGCUCACCUUCCUGCCUGUCUACCACAGCACCAAGGGGAAAGUCAUGGUGGCCGUGGAGGUCUUCUCCAUCUUGGCCUCCAGUGGAGGCCUCCUGAGCUGCAUCUUUGCCCCCAAGUGUUACAUCCUCUUGAUAAGACCUGAGAAAAGUUCACUGCACAGGUUUAGGGAGAGACCAACUGAAAGAAAUAAAUCUAAAGUUGGACAUAAAUUUUGUCUAGAAUGCUUGGAGGAAACACUACUGGCAAUCAUGUUGAAUGAAAAGGACCCAUUUAGUGACAGAGUGCAAGGGAAAGUCUAUAAGGGAAAAAAUGGGAAUCCAGAGCGAAAGAAGUUAAAGAAGGCCAAGAAAGGCCAGAUUCUCUAG